ACACAAUAUAUUGCUAUGGCAUCCGAUGCUAUGGACGCUUUCGAUCCGACGGUUUUGCCUCAGUUUGUUGAGCGUAAAGGAUCUCUCUUGCUCCGAUCAGACCACAUGAAAUACGGACGCGGAACGCUAAAUUCGAACUGGCAUCAGGAGAGAGAAGCCGAGCCGAAGGACUACGACGUAACGGCGAGCUAUAAUGAUAGAAACCUUCUGAAAGCGACGUACCAGCGACUGGCGACUGAUGACGUUGUGCAUGAGACAACAACAAAGGUAGCAACAGAGCAGAUUAGACUCAAGAAGGAUUUUGAAGUGCGAGAGAUAAGGAAACUGAUGAUUGGACCUCACAACAGUCAUCACACCAGGAACAAAAGGAAAACAGAUGGACCAGAAAGGGGCUAUGGCAGUGUCAUGCCUCGUCAUCAUCCCGAUCACAAUAAGAGACGCUCAGACACAACACAUAAAAUAGACUACAAAAAUCCAUGGCCACAUUGGUCACCUGCAGAGACAAAGAAUGAACCGAAUGUCUCUCCCCCAAUGGAUCGUCGUUUUCAUCGCCAUCAGUCUCAGUUUACCGACACAGCAGACCAUCGUCACAACGGAAUACAAACGUGGCAAGACGAAAGUGGCGUUUACGGCAACAGCUGGUUCACAACAACACGCCAAACACAUACAGUCAAACAAGAGAAGAAAUAGCUCCAUAGCUCACUGUAUCUUUAUAUACAUAAUUGUAACAGCUUUAGAUGGUUGUAUACAUACGUACAUGAAUUAGAACGACACACACUCACACACACACACACAAACGAGUAUUGUGA